AUGUGCCUAAAAACCUUCAAUUUGAAAACGCUUAGUCUUCGUAAAGAUAUUUGCAUUACCUCCACGUUCAACAAUGGUAUACUCUUUUCAUUCAACUGGCGACGAAGUCGCUGCCGAUCUAUCAGCGCAGAUCCAGGGAAAGAUUAUUUUGUUCACUGGGAUUUCCCAGAUGGCCUCGGUGCGGAGUUUGCUAUGACAAUUUCAAAACAUUCGCCUGCCCUUCUCAUUCUUGCGAACCGCAAUAUCGAACGGGCUAACGAUACUGCAAAGAGGAUCAACGUGGUCUCUCUAAGCGUAUCCACUCGUGCCUACAAAUUAGACCUGGAUCUUUUGAAUGAUAUCGAGCACCAAUUCGCGACAAACCACAUUGGACAAUUCCUCUUCACGAACCUCAUUAUGAAGAAGCUUACCUCUGAGGAUGGCAGGUGGAAUGGCCGUGUGGUCAACGUCUCUAGCAAUGGCUAUCGGCUCGGACCUGAUGGCAAAACAUAUGACCAAUGGCUUGCGUAUAGACAAUCAAAAACGGCCAACAUGCUUUUUUCUAUCUCGUUGACAUCCAAGUUGGCCAGGAAAGGCUUGGUCUCCGUUAGCCUGCAUCCCGAUGCGAUUCCAACCAAUCUUUUUGGUACCAUGGGCGACAAUGGAGUUACUACACUGAGUGAGGACUAUCUCAAAGAGCUAAUGGCAAAGGAUCGUGCCCAGGGACAUAGCCAAUACUGGCUUGACGACUUCUUUUCAAUCGAUAAGAGCAUUUCUCAAGGCAUUGCUACUCAUAUGUAUGCUGUCUUUCACGAUUCAGUUCCCAGAAAGUACUAUGUUUUUGCCGGAUUGAUGGACAAUUCUUACUUUAUUGCUGCAGAAUACAACGGCAGAUAUUUCGAUGAUUAUCAUAUGGUGCCCAUUGCAAAAAUCUGUUAUUAG